UCGACACUCUCCACCUCUUCUUCCCUUCCCGCACAGAACACUUGACGACCUUGACGUAGCCAUGAACUCCCACCCACGCGGCCCACCUGUACGCUUCAACUCUUACUACAGCCCCAAGAAGCAACUUCUCGGAAACCACGCUGGUCAGGUUGCCCCCGCAUGGCGCGGCGUUCCUCCAAAGGCACCAGACCUUGCAAAUGGCACCUCAUCACUAGGAAGCAAGAUCCUCCUCAGCCGCCUCCCCACGGACGUAGGAGAGCUAGAGGUCGAGGAACUCUUCAAGAAGACCGUCGGCCCCCUCCGCGAAGUCUUCAUGAUCUACAACUCCCAGGGCCGCUCCAAAGGCAUGGCCGUCGUCGCCUUCCAGCGCGCCGCCGACGCCCAGGUCGCACGCCAGCGCUACGACGGCAAGUACAUUGACGGUCGACGUCCGAUCAAGAUUGAGAUUAUUGUCGACUCCACCUCCACCUCCAUCGCCCCUGCCACGCCCGCCGCUCCGUCCGCGCCUACGCUGCUGAACAGGAUUGGAGGCAUCAAUAAGCCUGCCAAUCCGUCAAUUGCAUCGCGAAUUGGCGCGCCGGUGGGGGUCGUGCCCGCCGUCAAUGGGACAUUACAAACGAAAGCGCGCGCGGUCCCACAAGUGAGGGUCGGAAGUGCAGCUUCAGGCCCUCGACGCCUCCGGACGAAGAAGGGGCCCAAGCGCGUCAAGAAGUCCGUUGAGCAGCUGGACCAGGACAUGGACGAAUAUGUUGCUGGACGGAGCGACUCAUGAGACGCGCAUAGCCCGUCGCCCGCUUUCAAUGUGCCCUGCCCAACGCCUCCAUAGACUAUGCAUUCCUUCCUUUCUUUUGGCUAUUGGUGUCACUGUCAUUUGCGAGGUUACUGCCAUGAAAACACCAUCCAGCUCACUAUGAGCGUGGACCUUACUGUCAUUUGCUUUCCUGAUCUUUGUAUAUAAUGUAGUCAUUGUUGCUAUUACGCCGUCCUCAUGGAUAAUAAUCCACUAAAAACGUUAAUUUUGCGGAUGGAUGAUGCUGCUUAUUGCCAAGACGAAAGCAGCGUGUUUGGUUCGAGUACUUCAUACCGGAUACCCAAUAUCUUCGUAACGGGUCACAAAACCCGGUGGCCCGGCAUGUUUAG